GUAAAUAAACCACAGGGGAGCGUGUGUGAGACAGACGAGUGCAGGACACACACAGUGAAUGGGCUGAUGGGAUUAAUUCAAGGCCUUUUCCUUCCAGUCACUUUAUUGCUGCAGGUUUAGGGGAGAAGGAGCGGGUUAUAUCUGCCUAUUAAGUAAAUACCCCAGUGACUAGGGCGUCACGCUUACAAACUAAAGCGUGAGCGCGCGUGUGACGCCAAGAUCUCGCGAGAUGAGACCCGUGACGUAGGGGCUCGCUGUCCGGAAGGAGUCGAGGGGCGACAAGAUAACGGAGCUGCGGGACUUUUAAACAAGCAUCGGGACUGCGGGCUGUUCAGGAACUCGUGACUGUCCCGGGGAGAGCGGGACUAAUAAGGUGGCUGCUGUUAGGUGCCGGGGCAUGAGGAGCCGCCUAUAGGCUGUCGGGACAAUGAGACGCCGGGAGGGGGAUGUGAGGGAAUUACGGUGGCCGGUGAGGCUCUCAGUUUGCUGUCAGUCUGAGCAGGGGCCGCUCAGUAGAACGUGUGGGGCAAUAGGGAGUCACAUUAGCGCUGCUCUGAUUGUAUGAGACUCUCCUAGUAACGCGCCCGGAGUCUCUCCCAACCGUAACACUCAAGCGCCCGAAUAAUUCCCGCCGAAACAGCCCGUGGCCUUGUGUUUGUCUCACACACACUCCCCGCCCUCAGUCUGCUGGGUCCGCCCUAAAGGGGAGGAGCUACAAGCAACUGGGAAACCGGUGCAGCCAGCAGGUCUGGGGAAGUGUGUGUGGGACCAUUCAGUGACUGCCAGGAGGGUGUUAUGGGUCUCGUCUGGAGGAGGGUAUGGCCCAGGUCUCACUUUAUGACAAGAUCAACCACGACUCCCAGGGGGACACCGAGCCCAACAGCCUCCUGCAGAAACUGCGCAACAAGAUCACAAAGUCAGUGCAGACCAAAGUGGAUAACAUUCUGCAGGAUGUACAGAAAUUGACAGAUUAUGACAAACUGUACCUGUAUCUGCAACUCCCUGCAGGACCCAGCGCCCCAGAGAAAAGUCUGGACAUUGGAAGUGUAAAUACGGCAGAACACAUGCACGCCUGCACCUGGAUCCGCAACCACCUGGAGGAGCACACGGACACCUGUCUCCCCAAGCAGGACGUCUAUGAUGCCUACAAGCGGUACUGUGACAACCUUCAUGGACGCCCGCUCAGCGUGGCCAACUUCGGCAAGAUAAUCCGGGAGAUAUUCCCUAAUAUCAAGGCCCGGCGGCUGGGAGGCAGAGGCCAGUCUAAAUACUGUUACAGUGGGCUGCGCAGGAAAAGUGUGGUGAGCUUACAACCCUUACCCAGCCUGGACCUGAAGGUGGCAGAGAGUUCCGAGCUCACGGACCUGGUGCAGUCGUACAACAACGACGUGAUCAACGCCUCCUGCGAUCUCAUCUGCAGUUGGGCCGAGCAGAUCCUCAAGCGCUCGUUCAACAACAUCGUGGAAGUGGCUCAGUUCCUGAUCCAGCAGCACCUCAUUAACCCCCGCAGUGCCAAUGCAGACCUGGUCCUGUCCAUGGUGCUUUCAGAGAACCCCCAGGGGGGUGCACAGAAAACCCAGAAACAGCCUGUAGAUGGGACUGGCAAUAAGGGGGCAGAUUCUCCUGACGGGGGCACUGAUGCUGUGACCAAGCAGAGCAAGACCACAAGCCCAAAUGUGAGCAGUCCACAGCAGUCCAUGAAGAAACGUCCCCCCGAGCCCCAGAAGCCAGCCAAUAGCCCACAAGUUGAUGCUUUGGUGGCUAAAUACCCGCCUGUCCUGCCUCGUCCCACAUCGGAGAAGUUUCCAAUCCGAAUGGCCCCUUCUAUGUUGGCUCCAAAGAUCAUUCCUGGAUCGUUGCCCUUCACUGCUGUCCCCGUAACGGCUGGGAUUAACGGGACUGGCCUGAUAUCUCCACCGCUUAUCAUGAUCCAACCAGAUCUGGUCAGCCAGCCCCACCCUAAAGCCCCUCAUAACAGCAGCAAAGAGAGAGCAGUCGGAGGAUGGGAGACAAAGGGGCUGAAACGGCGUUCAGAGGCGGAGCCUGCGGCAGGUGCCACGGCUAAACGGAAGCGUGGCCGACCAAGAAAAGUUGCAUCUCCUGAUAACAACUCAGCUCAGUCAGGGGCCCCGAGCAGUUUCACCACAGACAAAGCUGCUGAAUCCUCUGGCCGGGACUCUCUGCAAUGUGCAGUCCCAGAACUUUACACUGGGGGAGCUCUACCCACAGCAUCACAUUCCAACGCAGAGGGCGGGGUUAGGGGACAGACCCUAAACCUCUUAGCUCCGCCUCCAUCAGCCGAACUGCAGCCAACAGCCGCUGUGGGCACCACAAAGACCCUGGCAGGGAGUGCCCCCAUUCAGGUGAGUGUUAUUACAGAUGCCAGGCAGAGUAUGGCCUUCUGGACAAUGAUGAAAGAAGAUGCUGGCAAGAGGCUCACACCCCCAAAGGAUGAACAUAAUAAAGGGUGGCCACCAGAGGAGAAGGUUCGGCCACUGCCUGAGCAGUGACCUCACACCCUACAGACACCCCACUGACCAUUCCCUGGGGCCAAAUGGUUACCCCAGUCAGCCAUAAGCCUUCAUCCGACUCGUUCUCCUUGUAAAGCAUCCUCUCUCUUUAAAUAUUUAAUAUAAACCCUUCAUCAGCAUUAUCCCUGCCAGCGAGGGGGGCGGAGACAGGGACAUUAAUUGUGUAAUUAGUCAGGGUUUUCCUAAUUAUGUAAAUACGUGGAAAUGAUACCCCAAAUAUCUCACUUACAGUAACGGAAAGAAUCCCGGGAAUGAGCGGUCACACUUGCACUACAGCCCUGACACAAGGGAAUUGCUCCUCUCAUGCCGGCCAAUGGGAUGUCCCAGGCAGCUGAGCCCGGCAGUACAGGACACGGCAAGAGAGGGGUACAAAGGGGAACCCCCCAAUUCUGCUUAGCAGGGACUUCCUGUUUUAAAGGGGAACUUUUAACUGAAAUAUAACUUUUUAGUAAUGUUAAAGUGAGUUGUUCUGUUUGUAGUUGGUCCUUUUUUUAAAUCACAUUUGUAUGGAGCUCUGAUUCUCUGUACAUUCAUGGGCUGCUUUCAUUCCCAUGGUCAGGCAGGGAGGAGGGGCUUAUACCCAAAUGCCACACCACCUGUGCACCUAACCAUAGGAAAGAGAACAGGCCGGAAAUAGACAAAUUAGAAUUCUGUACCUGAGUAAAGUAAUUAUGGGGACCGACCCAUGGGCUCAAACAACCUUACACCAGACAGGAGUCAAAAGGCACAGAGGUUGGGAAUUUGGGUAUAAGCCCCGCCUCCCUGCCUGACCAUGGGAAAGAGAGCAGCCCAGAGUAUCCCAGCUCUGUUCCCAGGAGAAGGACUGGUCUGACCAUGGGAAAGAGAGCAGCCCAGGAGCAGGAAGUACAGAGAAUUCCCCACUGGGAUUGAUAUAAAUGAACCCAGCUUUAUCUAGUCCAUUUAUACAUUUUAAAGAAAAAAAAAAAAGACCAGCUGCAGGGUUGCUUUGCCAAGUUCUUUUAAUAGACUGAAAGUUGUGCGUGGGUUAAUUUCCCUUUUCAUAAAUAGCACUUAGUGUACAGUUACAAGAGAAAAAAAACCCUGUUAACACUGUGUUUGUUGUUAGAUGUCAUGUUAAUGUCAAAAAAAGCCAUUUUACUCCA